GAGUGAGGUAGAGGCAGUGAGACAGACAGACAGGCAGUGAGACGUAAUAUUGACAGGUGAGACAGACAUAUUGGAGAAGAUCUUCAAGGAGGCAGACAGAAACGGAAGUGGGAUAUAUCCGUCCUACAGAUCUCUGACUCCCAGAGGACUUCACCUGUUCCUUUAAAGAAAGCGUGCCAGUUGGGAGGUUACCAUGGAAACCAGGGUGGUGAUGCAGCGAGAGCAGGAGGAGCAGUCGUCCCAGAUGUCUCACAGCAUGCAACUGUCCUCGCAGAUCAAGAAGAAGACCUUCACUUCCAGUGAUGAGGAACCCUCCUACUCUGAUUACUUUCCCAUCAUCCCCGGUGACGUGAUGUCCGUCAAGGAGAUCCUGGGCAUAGACACCUUCCCCCGCCACAGGACAUGGGAAAUCCUGAAGGAAACUCUGUUCGCCGGUGGAGAGUAUUACAGAGAAAAGUGGACCAGGUUUGGGAACGAGGCUGAGAAGGUGGAGCUGGACGUGAUCAGGAACCAGCAUUUGUUACGUACACGCGUUGACACGAAGGCUCUACGCAUGCAGGCUGAAAAGAAAGCAUCUGCCCACAUGAAGUACCUGGAGCGUCUGAGUCAGAAGGCCCCAGACUUUCCAAUCCCCCUGAGGGCUCACACUGUCUGGGAGGGCAUGACGGUCACACUAUGCUGUACCGUACAGGGCUGUCCACCCCCAAAGGUCACAUGGUAUAAGGAUGGCGUGCCACUGAGAAUGCCUGACCAGCCAUGGAAUUACCACCUCGAACAACACUUUGGUCUUAACACACUGGAGAUCAGAAGGUGCUCUCCUGAUGACGCUGGCGAGUAUAAAGUGAUAGCCAAGAGUCCCCUGGGUGAAGCUAUGACCUUUGCAACACUCGUGGUGAACUCAUAUCAAGGAGCCGUGGCUGGUUCAGAGUACUCGCAGACCCCCGCCUUUAGGCCUGAAGUCGAGUUUGACACCACCUUCCCCCCGACAUGGGUGAAGGAGGGUAACAGCCUCACCCUGCAGUGUACCUUCUCUUCAGCUCUACUGCCCUCCCAGCAUGGCAUCAGCUGGUUCAGAGAUGGUGUCCAGCUGCAUCCGUCUAACAAUGUUGACAUUCAGACAGUCGACAACAAGGCCUCCAUCACUUUAAGGGCUGCAUACAAGGAGCAUGAAGGUGUUUACAGUGUUCAGCUGAGGACCUGGGAUGACAUCAAGGAGCACAGUGCUUUUGUCUAUGUCAAAGAUGCAUCAGCUGCAGUGGUGGGAGGCCCCGCCUCUCCUCUGGCUGUCCAGGUAUCUGACAUCAACAAGGACUACGUCUUCCUCACCUGGCAGCCACCCAGUGCUGAUGGAGCCUCACCUGUGCAGGGUUACUAUAUAGAACGAUGUGACCUCAGUCAGGGUGAGUGGGUGCGCUGCAAUGUGCAUAUUCAGAAAAUGUGCCACUACCCGGUGUUUGGGCUGAAGGAAGGAGCUCUGUACCAGUUCAGAGUUCGUGCUGUUAACCAGGCUGGAGCAGGGCGCCCCUCCAAGGCUACGAAGCCCAUCCGUACUGCAGACCCCAUGGAACCCAGCAGGACUAUGGUGGUCAAAGUACACAGAGGGAGGACUAUCACCAUUACAAAAGAUGAUCUUGAAGGUGAGGUCAAAGCUCCUUUCCCUCCCACAAAUGUCCACGCCUGCGAGUUGAGUGACACCUAUGUGGUGCUCAGCUGGACUGAGCCUGAACCCAGAGGCAGGGAGCCGCUCUCCUUCUACGUGGAGCGGUCUCUGGCAGGGACGAGCACCUGGGAGCUGGCCAAUCUGGACAUGGAGGUAAACUCUCCCAGGUUCCCAGUGUUUGACCUGGUCAAGGGCAAGCAGUACCACUUCAGAGUGCGCUCCAUCAACAAGUACGGUGUCAGUGACCCCUCUGAGCCGAGCGCGCCGAUCUCCUUGGGAAAGCCACAAGCGGUGCCAGCUCCACCUCACUCUGCAAUAGCCUACAGAGACACAGACACCUCGGUGCUGCUCAAGUGGCAGGAGCCUAAAGACAAAGACGACAUCGUGGGCUACUACGUGUACUGCUGUGAAUGUGGCAAACAAGACUGGCAGACCGUCAACAACAAGCCUGUGACCAAUCCCAGAUUUACAGUCCAUGGUCUCAAGAACCGACAGAAAUAUGUGUUCAGGGUGAAGGCUGUGAGCCACGCAGGAAACAGCAACUACUCAGAUGAGUCUGACCCCAUCCUCGUCAAAGCCGCCAUAUCUGUUCCCUCUGCUCCUUCUGCCAUCGCCCUGUUGCUGUGCACUGAAUCAGAGAUGGUGUUGGGCUGGAGGGCCCCUGCCAGAAAUGGGGGAGACCCUGUGCGUGGAUACUUCCUGGACCAGAGGGAAAAGGACAUGACAACGUGGAGAGAGGUCAAUGCCAAGCCUGUCAAAGAGAGGCAGUAUAAGGUUUGCAACCUGACAAGUGGACACUUUUACGAAUUCCGUGUGUUUGCUGCCAACAUGGCCGGCGUCGGGAAGCCCUCUGAGCCCAGUGAAGCUUUCCUGUGUGAGAAGUGGACGAUGCCAGAGCCAGGCUGUCCCUAUGAUGUGGAGGUCAGGGAGGUGAGAGACGACUCCCUGGUGCUGCUGUGGGCAGCUCCGCUGUACGAAGGACGGAGCCCUGUCACUGGCUAUUUCCUGGAAGUCAGCCAGGGUGACCAGUCUGACGAUUGGAUUACUUUGAAUGAAAAGCCGAUUUCUGACACACAUUACAAGGUGUCAGGUCUUCAGACGGGUCAGACCUACCGUUUCCGUGCGUUGGCUGUCAAUGAGGCUGGAGUGGGCUCUGCUUCUCUGCCCACUGAGCCGGUCACAGUUCAGACAAAACCAGGCACCAAAGACAUUGAGAUUGGAGUGGACGAUGAUGGUUUCAUAUUCCUGAGCUACGAGACCGAUAAGACGGACGAUGAGAGCAAGUUCCUGUGGAGCAAAGACUACACAGAGCCCAUUGACCCUGAGAGAGCUCAGGCAGAAACCAAAGAGAACGCGUCAGUCCUCACCUUCACAGACCCCACUGAGGAGGAUCUGGGUCUCUACACGGUGGAGAUGAGCGACGACCCGGACCUGUCGUCCAGCUACGACUUCACCGCUGAAGACCUUGAAAGACUCAAAGAACUCAGCUGGCAAGUCAGAAAUCCAUUGAUUGCUCUGAAGUCAGGCUGGCAGGUGGAGGUUUCAGAGAAAGGUGAAGUACGUCUUUGGCUGCAGACUGAGAGUCUGAGUGAUGCUGCUGAGCUCCGUCUCAUCUUCAAUGACCACGAAAUCUCCAGCACUCCGCACCGUAAGAUCAACUUCGACAGGGCCAAAGGUCUGGUUGAGAUACUGUUUGACCAGCUCACUCCAGAGGACGAGGGCUCAUACACGGCUCAGCUGAAGGACGGCCGCGCCAAGAACCAGUGCACUUUGGUCUUUGUGGAUGACAAGUUUCGUCAGACGAUGGCCCAGGCUGCUAAAAACCGACGUGACCAUCAGAGAAAGUCUGGACCGUAUUUCGAGGAAUACUUGUCGUGGAGUGUAAAUGAGGAUUGUGAAGUGAUUAUAAAGUGCAAGGUGACAAAUACAAGCAAGGACACGUCACUCAAAUGGUUUAAAGAGAGUGCGCCGUUGACCAAAGUUGCGUAUAACCAGUCAUCAGGGGAGAGCACGUUCACCAUCUCACAGGUUACAAAGAAAGAGACAGGUUCAUACAAAGCUGUGGUGUCAGAUGGGAGAGGAGAGGAUGUCAGCACCUUAAACUUGCGGGAUAACGAGUAUGACAAGCUUCUCCAGCAGCUGAGUAAACAGUGUGCAUUGUCGGCCAGCCCAUUGAAGAUUCAGAGCACUGCUGAGGGUUUCAAGCUCUACUGCUCACUAAAAUACUACAUAAGCUACCUGAAGACCACCUGGUACUUUAAGGAGAAGAGGAUUGACCAGGAAGCCAGGACAAAGCCCGGUAGCAAUGCGCAGGAAGUCUGGAUUAUAAUCUCUAACCCAACAGAGAAUGAUAAAGGCAAAUACACUUUGGAGAUGUUCGAUGGCAAAGAGACACACAAGCGGUUUCUUGACCUGUCUGGACAAGCCUUUGCUGAUGCCUUGCUGGAGCACCAGAGGUUGAAGCAAGCAGCCAUCGCUGAGAAACAUCGGGCCAAAGUGACAAAGGGUCUUCCUGAUGUGGUGGCCAUCAUGGAGGGCAAGACUUUGUGUCUGACGUGCUUCAUCGAGGGCGAGCCACACCCACAGAUCAUGUGGUCUCGGAACGACAGGGAGAUUGUUGACCAGACCCAUUUUACCAUCACUAAAGAGCCCACAUGCAGCACCAUCACCAUCCACAACAUCAAAAUGGAAGAUUCUGGAAAAUACAGCAUCUGUGUGCGCAACCAGUAUGGCUCUGAAACGGUUGAUGUGACCGUGAGCGUUUACAAGCAUGGAGAGAUACCUCCAGCACACGCAGUGAUGAUGGGUUAAGACUGAAAGCUGAGUCAGAAAUUAGGGAUUUUUUGCUUUAGACUGAGAAUUUUCUGCAUAGGGAGAACAAGGAAAACAAACGUAGAGAUGGAAUGAUGCUGGAUUGUUCAUUAGGAAAUUUUACUGAGCAUGUGAGAUCUUAUUGAGCCUUUGAAAAAUGUCCACUUAUGUUUAAUCAAAACUGUAAUCUCCUAUAGUCUGCAAACUUGAUAUAAUUUAAGUUGCUAGACAGUGUAUGCCAUAAAAAUGUCACAUUCAGCCUGUGAUGGAGAUGCAGAACUGCAAAGACCUGUUAGUCAAACUCAUUUAGCUGCCUUCAUGGACAUUCGAUAUAAAUACUGUUUCUUUAUUAAAGUGAGACCAUGUAUCUUUUGAAAUGAGAAAUUGCGUCAUUUUCCUCCAGCAUAUAACGAGCUGACUUCAUAAGCAGUAAAAUGCACCAUUAAUCAAUUCAGUACACUCCAAGGAUUUGCUGCUACAGACUUAGCCUACUUGGUCUGUUGCAUCCUAACCGAGUGCUGCAGGGAUGACAUCUUUUAGUAGGUCAACGUGAGGUUAGCAUCACCCUGGUUCAAUGGGAAUUUUCCAUAGGAUAUUGGAUUAUUGCAGAAAAUAAGUUCUGUGUCAAAAGUUAGCAACCACCUUCUUUAAGACACACAAAAACCUAUAAAUUCAUGAGUCUGGUAUUUACUGAAGUAUUUUAUGUUGUAGAACCAAACGUUAAAUCUCUUAAACUUGUGUGAACCACAGAUCUUACUUCAGGCAUCUAACCAAAAACAGGUUUACAUCAGAUAACAUUAGCUAGUUGCUAAUAGCUACCAUAAGUGACUGUAUGUUAGGUAAAAUGGGCUACAAUUAGCUGGAAGCACAUUAAUCAGCAGGUUAGAUUGCUUUAUAGCUUCUGUAACUGACAUGACAUGGCCAGUUUGCUGACUUUGACUCUUCUCUACUUGUGCUGCUGUUAACGUAACGUUUAAUUAUUUACCCUUAUUGGAUAAUUGUCUUGAUUUAAGUGUUCGCUAAGACUGUCAUAACAAAAACUGCAAAACCCUCUGUUACUGGAGAGCUUUAGGUGAAUCAUUGUCAUUUGAUUGUGUGUU